UAUUGAGCAUUUUUUGUAAAUUGAAACAACGGAAAAGACGACAGGAAGAAUGGGAAAAAGUUAGAUCAGUUGAUCAACCUUUAGAAGCACCCGAAGAAGUUUGUGAUUCAAGAUGUUUAUAUGAUAGGUUGCAGGAACAGAAAAAUAAACGGGAUUCAGAAUAUGAAGAAGCACAUAAACUCAAAAAUAUGAUAAAAGGUCUUGAUGAUGAUGAAAUAGAAUUUCUUGAUUUAGUUGAUAGAACAAAAAUUGAAGAAGAGCGUAAAAAAAAUUUAGAAGAUGAAAAAGAAAUGAAAGAUUUUAAAGCAGCAGUUGCUUCUUUGCAAGAAAAAUCUAUAGAUGAAAGAUUAAAACAAGAACUAAAACAACCCCAUAGUAAUAAUAAAUCUACAGCUUCUGGAAAUAAAAAUUCCCAGUUACGAUUAUUGGCUGGAGUGAUUGUAAAAAAAUCUAUCAAAACAGAAAAUAAGUUUAUUAAUUCAAUGCAAGGAACAAAAAGAAGACUUUCUGAAGUAGAAAAUAGUAUUACAGAAAAUAAAUUAGAUGACUCACAAUGUUUUGUAAAAAAUCCUCAAUUAGAAACUGGUGCCCUCAAGUGUAUAGCAAUAUUACCAGGUUUGGGUUCUUAUGAUAAUUCAAGUGACAGUGAGUGCAGUUCAGAUGAACAAGAAUCAGAAUGUAAACAAAUAAAAUUAGAUAUUUUAGGUCGUCAGAUUUUAGAGCCUAAAGCCAAGGAAGAUAAUUAAUUAUUGGUUAAAAUUUAUUUUUAAUAUAAACAUUUGUAAUUAAAAUAAGA